AUGUUUGGAGCCAUGGGCUAUCUCAUUGAGGUCUUGACCGGGUCAUGGCUGGGUGAUUUCUUCCGAGAGUACCUCUGGGAACCCAUGGGCAUGAACGAGACGUACUUUUCAUUGAAGGAAGCGGAACGCAGCGGUUUGGUUCUCGCCAAGGAGUAUUAUUGCAAUCCGGUUGACGGAAGCUAUGUGGAACUACCGCACGAACCUUUUUCUGCCGAAGAGGGUGCAGGUUCCAUCGUGUCAAACGUUCUCGACUACGCCAAGUACCUGCGCGUCAUGAUGACUGAGUCCGCACCGAUAUCCAAGGCGGGACAUCGAGAGGUGAAGAAGCCACGCACUUUCGUCGCUCCUGCGAUGGCACCGUAUACUGGGCCCGUGAGCUACGCCUUGGGAUGGCUUACUGCCAUCUUAGGGGGCGAGCAGGUGUACUUCCACAGUGGUCAAGUUGCCAUGUUUAUCUCAAUGAUGAUGAUAGUCCCUUCGCAGCAGAUAGGUGUGGUGGUCUUCACCAAUACAGAGAGCAAAGCUCCGCAUGUGAUUGCGACUCAUAUUCUCUCGGAACACUUGGGGAUUCCCGAGAAUCAGAGACCGGAUAUGAACAAACAAUACAUGGACGAGAAGAAAGUCGAGCUGGAAUACCUCCAAACUUGCGCAAAGAACCUCUUCCCGUCGCUUCCAACGCCGCCUUUGUUGCCAACGGUACCCAUCCCGGAUCAUAUCGGCGAAUACCACGACGCUGGAUACGGCACGAUUAACGUGGAUCUGGAUUGCUCGGGUUCCGUUGAUAACUGUCAGCUUCGCGUUCUCGGAAUGGGAGGAGCGGGUUUUGCGUACUUUGAGCCGACGAUAUACCUUGAACCAAUGUCCGGAAAUCAUUGGCUUGGCCGAGGCUACAUGGGAGGAAAGAAGAUGGAGGCAAUUGGGACUCCGAUGGUUUGCCUGCCCGUCGAGUUCAAAGUCGAUAUUCUUGGUAAGGUCUCGCAGAUUGGUGUCGGGUUGAGACUGGAGGGAGGCGGUGAACCGCUUGUCUGGUUCGAUCGAGUCAUAGAACCGUUGGAGAAAUGA